AUGACUGUCGUCUUCAAAAAGAAGGAACACUUGGCCACGGAUGUCACUAUUCCACGCAUGGAUUUCAAAGAAGUUUCGUCGAAGCUUGGAGUGAUCAAACAGAAAUUCAUCAGCAUCGAACACAAGGGUGGCAGCCUGCAAACGGAGCUCAAGUCUCUGAGGGAAGAGCUCAUCCAGGCCAAAGAAGCAAGGGACAAGGCACUUACGGAGCUCAAACAGGCGGGUCCCGAACGUGAUGUGGCUAUGCAGCAUACGGACGACGCAAUCGGGGACCGAAAAGGUGCUGUUGGAGCGCGUGACAGCACCAUCUUCGACCACCAGUGUGCGAACAACGGUCUUGUUCGAGACCAGACCUUGCUCAAGAAGUGCCAGUUGAAUCUGAAGUCGCUGCAAGGUCGGUGCAAAAUAGUCAUCAAUGAGUGCGAUGAUGCCAUAACCAACCAAACCAGUCCGGAGCAUGACCGAGAUGAGCUCGUGGAGCAAUCCAUGGAGGCUGCCGCCCGCGCCCAUCACGCCGAGUUCGAGUCCGAGAAGGCAGUCGGGGGAAAGGCAACAUUUGCGCUGCAGUUUCGCGGGCGGCGGAGGGAUGGACGUCUUGUGGCUCCUGACGGGGAAGUUGAAGGGGAGUAUUCGUGA